GCCGGCGCGGGAGGACUCGCCGGUGGCGGCGCGGUAAGGAGGUGCGGUGCGGUGCGUUACGUGCGGCAGUUUAGUCGCGCUGUGGUUGCAGCGCAGGGAGCCAUGAAGAGCGGCCGUUCCGCCGGACACUCGUACAUCCACUUGGCUCUCAUCUUCCUCGGGCGUUGCGCAGUAACGGCUUCACAGACUCCAGGUAAUGGCAUCUUUGCUAUCCAGCACCAAGGCAGUGUAAAAUGCCUCAAAGUAAAUGCCUCUGGAAUUACAAUGGACACCUGCAAUCAACAAGAGCAGUUUCAACAAUGGAAAUGGCUGUCUGGCCAUCAGCUGUUUAAUAUCGGCGACAGAAAAUGCCUUGGUCUUGAUACUUUAAACCAAGCACAACCAUUAAAAGUAUUUGAAUGUGAUGCAGGAGGUAUAUUUACAUGGUGGCGAUGCAAAAAGUACACAGUUUAUGGUUCCUCAUCCUAUAAACUGACCGUUGAACAUGGCAACCCAACAGUAGACAUUGAUGCAACUGAUGCUUGGAAGCAAAGCGGCUCUGACAGCGAUGUUUGCGAGCAACCUUAUCGCGAGGUUUAUACCAUUGACGGGAAUGCUUAUGGAAAGCCCUGCGUCUUCCCAUUUAAGUACAGAGGAAACUGGUACCAUGAGUGCACCACAGAAACAAAUAGAGUGGAGGAAUGGUGUGCAACAACUGGUAACUAUGACCGAGACAGUAAAUGGGGAAAGUGCUUGAAACCAGAUCCUGAAUGUAAAACAUUCUGGGAGACAGACAACACUGGACAGACUUGCUACCAUUUUAACUUUCAGUCUUUCCUUUCCUGGUCUGAUGCUCGACUUUCCUGUCAGAGUCAAGGAGGGGAUCUAUUGAGUGUUCCUGAUCCACAAGUUCAGAAGUAUAUUGCUGAGCAGGCAAAUAUUCCAAAUAAAUUGUGGAUUGGUCUGAAUCAGCUGAACGUGGCCGGCGGCUGGCAAUGGUCAGAUGGGACACCUUUAGACUUUGUCAAUUGGGACGAUGGUAUGCUUGGAUUAUAUCAUCUUGAGGAAUCCAGUUGUGCUGCACUGAGCUCGGAGUCUGGUCACUGGCAGGCAAGAUCUUGUGAAGCUGCUCUACCAUAUGUAUGCAAGAAACACUUCAAUCAGACAAGAUUAGAGUCCAUCGAUUCUUGGAAGUACUUCAACACAGAAUGUGAACCCAACUGGCUUGCCUACAAUGGCUUCUGCUUUUUUAUGCAUAAGGAAGAGUUGAAUUGGGGUGAUGCAAGUAGCUUCUGCAAAUCCAAUGAAAGUGAACUCAUCAGCAUACACUCAUUGGCGGAUGUGGAGCUGGUUGUCACCAAGCUUCAUGAAGCCUACAGAUCUGAGGUUUGGACAGGAUUAAGUACCACCAGUUUUCCAGCCUUGUUUAACUGGUCAGAUGGAUCUACCGUGACAUUCACUUACUGGGACAAGGGGGAACCCAAUAUCCCCUAUAACACCACAACACACUGUGUAUCCUACUCUGGAGAGUUGGGUCGAUGGAAGGUUGAACAAUGUGACAUGAAGCUACCAUAUGUUUGUAAAAAGGUGGGCAAGGUUAGGAAUGAAACAGGUCUGGCUGAUGUAGGAUGCCCACAGAAUGAGAACUGGAAAAGACAUGGAAAUUACUGCUACAAACUUGAUCCAAUAGAAGUAGAUUUUGAUUCCAAAUGUCAUCUUACGAUACAAAACAGGUUCGAGCAAGAAUUCAUUAAUAGUCUAAUUGCAAAACACACCUCAAAAUUUGGCCACUACAUCUGGACAAGUUUGCAAGAUAAAAAUGGUACAGGAGAAUACACAUGGUCUGCACAAAAUAAGGAGAGAGAACCUGUAACCUAUACAAACUGGAAUACAUUUCAACCAAAUGCUCCAGGUGGAUGUGUCAUUAUGACAACAGGACAAUCUCUUGGUCGUUGGGCAGUUGGGAACUGUAAGAAGAUAACUGCAAUGUCCAUUUGUAAGAAGAGUAUUGCCAAUAACACGGGAACUGAAGAAACGCUUCCAACAGGUCCUUGCCCCACUGGUUGGCUGACGAAUGCCGAAAUCCAUCACUGUUACAAGAUAUUUCAUCACGAGAGAGUGGUAAGAAAGAGAACCUGGGAAGAAGCUGAGCGAUUCUGUGAGGCUUUGGGAGCCCAUCUACCAAGUUUCAGUCACCACGAUGAAAUGGUAUAUCUUCACAGCUUGCUGCGAAAAACAAUCAGUGAUGAACGGUGGUUUUGGGUUGGAUUAAACAAGAGAAAUCCAGAUUCCAAAGGCUCUUGGGAAUGGAGUGAUGGCCGGCCGGUUUCCUUGGUGGUCUUACCAGUUGAAUUUAAAGAAGAUGGUUUUGCUGUGCGAGAUUGUAGUGCAUUUCAGACACAGAAACCUUUAUGGAAUUAUUUUAUGUUUGACAUCCGAAGGAAAUUUGAUUAUCACUUAAUGCCUUUCCACUGCGACAUUAGACUUGAAUGGAUUUGCCAGAUACCGAAAGGUGUUGAAUUGAGGACCCCAGACUGGUAUAUUCCAGAUGGGGAGAGUAUUCAUGGGCCCACAGUUGUUAUUGAUGGGAAUGAGUAUUGGUUUGUGAACAAUACUAUGCUAACCUACCAAGAAGCUGAUCUAUAUUGCACAAGAAAUGAGAGCAAAUUGGCUUCCAUAACAUCCAGACCUGCAAUAAAAAUGAUUAAAACUCAUCUACAAAAGCACUUUGCUAUGUUGCCAAAGUGGUGGGUAAAGAUGAUCGAUUAUAAUGUAAUGAACAGUCGUUUUUUGAGUCCAUAUGACAUUUACCACCGAUUUAUAUCCUUCCACAACCAGUACAGGGAUUGUUGGUUUAUAACCCCAUAUUAUGCGAGGUGGAGAGUCUUUCCCCCCACAGAAUAUCAUGAACAAAUAGACUGCUUCAGGCGCCUUCCAUUUAUUUGUCAAAAGCUCAAUAUAUCGUCACUGGAGCCAUGGUCUCCUGAAACUGGUGAUAAGGGCAGUCCAUGUACAGGUGAUUGGAUCCCCUUCGGCGAUAAUUGCUACAACUUUAUAAUGCCACAACGUCUUUCAUGGGAACAUGGACAACGUGUCUGUCAGAGCCUUGGGGGUAACUUGCCAACUAUAGCCAAUUCCGUCGAACAAGAUUUUAUUGUAUCUCAUUUACCGUCACUGCCACGACGCUUGUGGCUUGGUAUGCAGCCUUCAAGUGGAAUUGGAAACAACGUUUGGGUGACAGGAAGACCUGUUGAUUACUACAAUUGGCUCUCAUCAUUUAGAGUUGAGAUGGAGCUAGAUUUAGAUCUCUUUAAUAUAGAAAAACGCUGUGCUCUGCUGCUCAAUGAGGCUAACAGUUCAUACAUUGGAAAAUGGGAUUUUGUAGUGUGUGAGGAUCAGCAAUUCACUGCUGUAUGCCAAAAACGUCAAGGUUCUGUCAAUCGGACAACAUCUCAACAUUUAAAUGACACCUUGAAUUAUCUGAACCAUACUUACAUAAUAAUCAACAAGAACCUAACUUGGGAGGAAUCCCUCACAGAAUGUCAAAAGAAUGGUUACAAAUUGGUCAGCAUCACUGAACCCUACCAUCAAGCCUUCCUCACAGUUACUGUCAGCUUGCUUGGACAUAGAGUGUGGAUCGGACUCUACAGCCAAGAUGAUGGAUUAUACUUCCGCUGGUCUGAUGGAAGGCAUACAACAUACAGCCAUUGGAGCAUGGAUGACUCGGCCCCUACUGAUAAUUGUGUGUACAUGGAUGUGGAUGGGUAUUGGAAAACAUUGGGCUGUGAUUCAGUUUUGCCAGGUGCCCUUUGUCAUGUUCAACAAAAAAAACAAGAACCAGAAGUGAUCGAUGUUGAAACUGUGAGAUGUCCCCAUAAGAUUCAAGGAGCAUUAUGGAUACCAUUCAGAAAUAAUUGCUACACCUUUCUGACUCAUCCUGAAAAGCCAAGUUUUUUUCAGGAGAGCUCUUUCCACGCCAUGUGCAAGAAUUUGGAUCCACACUCCAAGACGUUGACUAUUAGGAGUGAAAAAGAAAAUAACUUUAUCAUUGAACAACUUAAUAUUCAAAAUUACCUCUACAAGUGGGUGUGGCUUAAUGUUGUAUAUAAUGGAAAAAACAUGAUGUGGUACGACGGUUCUUAUGUGCAUUUUUCAAAAUGGCGCUCUGAAAGACCAAACGUUCUCAACACGCAUCAAAGCUUCCUUGCAGCCGUCCUUGAUAUGGAUGGGUUUUGGUACCUGGCUACCCAUCCGUUCCGCCAGACAAAGUUGAUACUUCAAAGUGUCUUUGUUUGUAAAAUUGAAAAUGACUCUGAUCCAAGUAACUUUGAACCGCUUCCUGAAAAAGUGCAGUAUGGAAACUACACUUACAUGUUACUUCGGAAGAAGAUCAAUUGGUACGAUGCAAUGCAGCAAUGCAAGAAGUCCCAACAUCAACUCGUCAGUGUAUAUGACGAAUCUCAGCAUGUGUUCCUGAAAAGCUUGGUGAAGUCGGAUGGUUUUCCUCUCUGGAUUGGCUUAUUCAGCCAAGAUGGAGGAUCAACAUUUGAAUGGUCAGAUGGAAGCAAUUCGGAUUACAGACCUUGGGAGUAUUCCCAUCUUAAUUCAAAGGGCAAUUGUGUAUACAUGGACACGAAAGGCUUCUGGAACCGCACUAGUUGUAGCACCAUGGGUGAUGGAGCUAUAUGUUAUGUUUCACAGAAUGAAGAAAAAUCUUCAACACAGCCAGAAAAAACCUCAAUGUUCUGUCCUCAGAAAAAUGGAAAAUCACCGUGGAUCAGAUUCAAAGACAACUGCUAUGCAUUCGACAUGGGUAUAUACAACUGGUCUGUAUAUACCAUGGAAGAAACCAAAUCAAUUUGCCAGCAUCUAGAUUCCUCGGCUACAAUUUUGAGCAUAAAAGAUAGCGAAGAAAAUGACUUUGUAACCAGGCAGAUAAAAAUGGACCAGGGAAUUACUGGAGAGAUCUGGCUGGGAAUUCGUCAGAAUAUUAAAGAUAAAUCCUUACGGUGGCUGGAUGGUUCAAUCAUUUCUUACGCCAACUGGAUGAAUACAAAUCUCUCAAAUUCAACUCAAGGGACGUGUGCUGUUAUAUCAUCAAGAAACGGGUUGUGGAUUCUAACUAACUGUUCGCAGAGGCAUAGCAGACUCGUGUGUAAAGCUCCAAUACAAUCCAACCACAGAGUUGCAGCGUUGGUGAUAACAGUGAUUUUUAUCCUGGUACUAAUCUGCGGGAUUGUGUGGUUUUUAUAUAAGAAGAAUAAAUGGCGAUGGGCUAAUCCUUUUGGGACUGUACACUAUGAACGUAGUUACAAUAAUCCCUCCGACACUGACAGUACAGUUAUGAUAACAGAACUUAAAGAAUUCCACGAUUGAAAUCUCUUGCGGUUGUGUUAUCAGACUAUUGAGAAAUUUCAAAAUAUGGGCCAGAUCUUGAUGCCUUGCAUCCCAUCCCCUCCCCCCACCUGCUCUAACACCCAUGCUAAACUGGUUUAAUUGCAGAGGGGUGUUGUAAUGGGAUGAAGCAGCCUGGAUUCCAGCCAUGCGGCAGCUUCUCUAGUGACUGAAGAAAGCCUUUCUUUAAAACACCCCUUUCACCCUCUAACAGCUGGUCGAAGCCCCACCCCUAGCUUUGUCAGCGGCAGAAAUCGUGUCAUUCAAAAAAGUUUAUCUUUUGACUAUCUCAAAGAUCCAGAAACACUUAGACUAUUAAAAUGAAGUAAAAGGCCACAGUGCUGUGGUAACUCAGCAGGCCAGCCUCAUCUCUGGCGAACAUGGAUAGGUGACGUUUCAGGUCGAGACCCUCUUCUGAUUAGCCUCAAGAAGGGUCCCGACACGAUACGUCACCUAUCCAUGUAUUCCAGGGAUGCUGCCUGGCCUGCUGAGUUACUCCAGCACUUUGUGCCCUUUUGUGUAGACCAGCAUCUGCAGUUCCAUGUUUCUAAACUGAAAUAACCCAUUUAAUUUGACUAAUAACAAUAAUUGAAUUUAUUGAAAAUAAACUUAACUAUAAAUACUUGUGUAAUUAAACAACAUUAAAUUGAAGAAAAAUGAUUUGAAAGAAAGCUUGCUUCCGAAUCCAAAUCUCCAUAAUCCCCGUUGAAAUCCGAUUCUGCGGCAGGUCUAACCAGGCUAAGGAUCUGUUGGGGAAAGUUUGAUGGAGCUUAUCAGAUUUGCGAUUGAAAACCAUGAAAAUAACCCUGAAGUUGAUACAGUUUCCACGCUGCAUGUUCCGUUCAAAAUUGCCACAAAAUCUGCCCCAUUGACGUUGUCCUUUGUUGUUGAUUGCUGAAUAAUCUUGCUGAUGUGUAAAUAUUUCCUGAUUUGCACUACUUAUAUUUUCUGACACAUGCUGCUACGCGUUACUACUGUAGUAGGUUGCAGAAAUUGUGUUCUGUUAAGUAUUUGCUUUGAAAAGUUAUUUUUAUACUGUAUUAUGUAAACAUUCCAGUGUUUCACAGAAUCAUAAUAUAUGCAGAUGCAGAACGGAAUUCCAAAAAAAACUGGUGUAAUUUUUUUUGCCAAUCUUGUGUUACAAUGUAAUGCAGUUGCUUUUAUAGCUGGUGCUUAUCGAUAUCUUUGUACAUUUCUUUAAGCCAUUAAUAAUGAGAAAUUUAACGUGUUUUUUUUAAAAGUGUUAAGUCCGUAACACAGUUCUGGGUUUUAGAUAAUGUGCAUAAAAUGGGGAAAGUUGCUUUUGUCAAAGAAAUCAUCCUAAUUCCUUUGUCAGUGCCUUGUGAUAUUCUCCUCUAAGCUAAGCCUCAAAUUGAGGUUUGGUGCCGUGAAAUAAUCAUCUAUUCCAAAUAAUAAUAGAUUAAUAGACCAUUAUAAUGCUCACAUUAUAUUCUGAUUUUCUUUUCAAGGGUAUCUGGGUUUAUUACUAUAAAAUACUCCUUUUCAAAUAGUAUAUACAAUAAAGAAAUUACUGUUUACAAUGAGGCCACUUGUUCUGAUUUGGAAAAUUGCAGUCUUUAAACUAUAUGGAUGUUCUAAGCAUCGUUUUUGAGGUUCUGCUAUGCUAUUUAUGCAUAUUUAUGGAGCUGCAACUAUUAAAAACUUAGGCGUAGAGAAUAAUUACUGUAAUUAUUUUUAAUUGGGGGAUUUGACAGCAGCAGCUAUAAUUGAAGAACAUUGGUCUACCUACAAUUAUACUACUGUCAAUUUAGUGAAUGCCAUAAUGCUGGGAUUUUUUUGAAUAAGUGUAUAUUUACAAAGUCUAACGACCAAAAAUUCAGAGCUUUACUUGGCCAUAUGUGAAUAACAUGAACUUGAAUUUGUUUUAAAUUGUGGCAAAAAAAUUCUAUAAUUGUUCUGUGGAAAUUAAACUUAUAACACAGUAUUUGUAUGGGCAUAUUAAUAUUACUUUGAAAUUUCAUGUAUUUUUGUAAUAAAAUUAAUUUUGUUGCAAAAGCUCAAAUUCUCAACUGCAAUAUAUACAGGAUUUCCAAGAGUGAGAGAAAUGUUUGAUUCACUUCACCUGUUCAUUCAUCUUCCACAAAUUAAAGUGUAAAUUGAUUUUAAAAAUAUUAAAGUAUUAUCUCAUGUGUAAAACAAAA